AGCCACCACACAAGUAGCCACAACUGACAGUACUCAGGCAGCCACCACACAAGUAGCCACAACUGACAGUACUCAGGCAAUCACCACACAAGUAGCUACGGAUGUCAGUACUCAGUCAGCAGCAGUCACCACACAAAUGGCAACUACAGAAAGUACUCAAUCAGCAACAACACAGGUAGCUACAACUGUAAGUUCUCAGGCAGCCACAACUGAUAGUACUCAAGCAGUGACAACACAAGGGGGCACAACUGCAAGUACUCAACAAGCCACAACACAACAGGAUACUAGUAGUGUCCAAACAGUAACAACUUCUGAGAGUACACAGGCAGUGACAACACAAGAAACCACCACAGCAAGUAAUCAAGCUACUAGUGACAGCACACUAUCAGCCACCACACAAGGAGCCACGACUGAUAGUACACAGUCAGCCACAACACAAGGAGGUACAAUAUCAAGUACUCAGGCAGCAACAACACAAGAAUCUACGACUCUCGGUACCCAAGCAGCCACAACACAAAUAUCCACUUCUUUAAGUUCACAGGAAACCUCAACACAAGUAGUAACGACUGAAAGUACCCAAUCAGUGACAACACAAGUAGCCACAACACAAGGUGACACUAGUGGCAGCACCCAAUCAGCUACCACACAAGGAGCCACCACAGAAAGUACCCAGGAAGUCACGACUGGAAAUACUCAGACUUUCACCACACAAGUUUCAACAACUGCAAGUUCUCAAGCAGCUACCACACAGGGAGCCACAACUGAUAGUAGUCAGGCAGUUUCAACACAAUCAGCCACAACUGACAGUAGUCAGGCAGCCACCACACAACCAGCCACAACUGACAGUAGUCAGGCAGCUUCAACACAACCAGCUACAACUGACAGUAGUCAGGCAGGUACAACAACACUAGCCACAACCGAUAGUACUCAGGUAGCCACAACACAAGGGGCUUCCAGUAGUAGCACAAUUGCAGCCACAACACAAGAUGCAACCACCGAUAGUACCCAGUCAGCUACAACACUAGAAGCAUCAACAGCAAGUACUCAGCAACCUACAACACAAGGAGCAACCAGCAGUACUCAAGCAGCCUCAACACAAGCAGGCACAACUGACAGUACUCAAGCAGCCACCACACAACCUGCCACAACUGACAGUAGUCAGGCAGCCACCACACAACCAGGCACAGCUGUCAGUACUCAGGCAGCUUCAACACAGCCAGCCACAACUGACAGUAGUCAGGCAGCUUCAACACAACCAGCCACAACUGACAGUAGUCAGGCAGCUUCAACACAACCAGCCACAACUGACAGUACUCAAGCAGCCACCACAGAAGAAGCUACAACAGACAGUACUCAAGCAGCCACCACACAAGGAGCCACUGGCAGUACUCAAGCAGCUUCAACACAAGAAGCCACAACUGACAGUACUCAGGCAGCUUCAACACAACCAGCCACAACUAGCAGUACUGAAGCAGCCACAACAGAGGAAGCCACCACAGACAGUACUCAAGCAGCCACCACACAAGGAGCCACCGGCAGUACUCAAGCUGCCACCACACAAGGAGUCACAGCUGUCAGUACUCAGGCAGCCUCAACACAACCUGCCACAACUGACAGUAGUCAGGCAGCUUCAACACAACCAGCCACAACUGACAGUAGUCAGGCAGCUUCAACACAGCCAGCCACAACUGACAGUAGUCAGGCAGCUUCAACACAACCAGCUACAACAACUGUCUCAGCUUCAACAAGUACACAACCCACUACAACCCAGGCACCUGCUGCUGCUUAUGGAAUGCAGAUUACACUUGAGGUUCAACCAAAUGUGGACCUAAGCGACCAAACCAGCCAAGCCUACAUCGACUACAAAGCAAAAGUAGAAAAAGCGUUGAGUGAUUACUUCAGGAGAAAGCUUGGGAAUGUUUUUGCCUCUCUCACAGUUCUGUAUAUGAGAACUGGCAGCUUGAUCGUUAAUUACACCCUCUCAACCAACUCGGAAUCUACAGGGGAGGUAAUAGGUGCCGUACAGGAUCUUGUUCAGCGUACAGAAACGGUUACCCUGGACAACCAGAAUGUGCAAGCUAGCAAAGCCAGCAUAGAAUCCUCGGGAUCAACUAACACAGUUGACCUAGAAAGAGGUUCGGUAACAGAUAGUUGUCAGAUUUACAAUUCCAUUAGCACCUGUUCCUCAGACACUAUUUGUGUUGUUGAAUCAUCUGGUGUCCCUGUCUGCAAACCUAUAGUUAAAAAUGACAAUUUUUCUUUGAUCCUUGGUUUGGCUAUCGGUAUCCCCGUGUUUUUCCUGGUGGCGUUCUUCAUUGCUCUAGCCUGUAUCUUAACGAGGAAACACCGCCGAAGUCAGCGACUUAAGGAGGAAGACGACUGGGACAUGAAGAACUAUCCACAUCUCUCCUUACCCUAUAAGUAUGAUAACCAUGGUUUCUACAAACAUCAUUACUUUAUGCCAGAUAAUUUAGAAAUGGAAGUUUUACCAUCAGCCAAACCAUUUAAAGGAAAUGCUCCUUGGAAUUCUCCCGGUGGUUUUGAAAAUUGGGAUGAGUAUCGCAUGCCACGCCCACAAAUGUACCGAUCUCCACAUCCGGCAUUCGUAAGUGACACAUAGGAGGAACCACUGAUAACUAUAAAUAUGUGGGAAUGUUCAUCACUGCGAGAAUGCUGCCAAAUGUGAAGAGAUGACACUUACUCAUGCGUAUCAUGAUUGUUUACCUGUGUCCAUCCGACCAUCUCAUUCAAAGAAUUGAGAUUGUCUAACAUGUGUGAAAGGAGAUUAAACGCAAACGAAUGUUUCGUUCAAGUAAAUCAAAUAAAUACAUCAAAUGGCGUUUAUAUAGGAAAGAAUUCGCUGUUAUAUAUACUGCCAAAAAAUUGCAUGUGUGUUACAUAGUUUAAGAAGUCAGAAUUUAAUUUAUAUGUGCUAAACAUAUUUGACUGUGGAUCAGUGUUCGCUGCAGAUUGUUGAAGGGCAUUUUUGUCUUAAUUUACGUAUAUAUGGGUAUUUGUAUAUAUCAUAUAUGUCAGUAUGAGUUCGUUAUUGCUGUGCAAUCCUUAUAAAACUCUGAUAUAAUAUGUUUGUUAUAUAUUUAAUUCUUCGAAAAUCAAAUAUUUUAUAUUUUUAUACUUUUUGAAAAAAAAAUAUGAUUAAAAACAAUAAAGUUUA